AUGUUCGACAAUUUCACCACCUUCAACAUCCCCGUCGAGCCCGACAUCACCAUCCACGGCGUCCACGGCGGCUCUGGCCCGGUGGUGCUUCUGCUGCAUGGAUUCCCCCAGACGCACCACAUCUGGCACCGCAUCGCCGACGAUCUCGCGCAAAGGUACUUUGUCGUAGCCAUGGACCUGCGAGGAUACGGCCGGUCGUCCAAGCCUGACGGUGGUGACGGGCAUGUGCGAUAUGGGAAAAAGGCCAUGGCGCGAGACGCGGUACGGGUUAUGGACGAGCUAUGUCCUAGAACUAAUAACAACGACAAUAAAUCAUUUUAUAUAUGCGCACACGACAGAGGCGCACGAGUAGCACACCGGCUGUGUGUUGACUAUCCAGCACGAGUCAAAAAAGCGAUAUUUCUGGACAUAUGCCCGACGCUGGCAAUGUACACACAAACCGACUUUGUCUUCGCAAAGGCGUAUUUUCAUUGGUUCUUUCUCGUGCAGGAUGCACCUUUUCCAGAGGACACGAUUACUGCCAACCCGCAGGCCUGGGUUCAAGGGUUUAUGGGCGGGCGACAUGCCGGGUUGGAACCCUUUACAGCCGCGUGUCUGGCAGAAUACGAAAAUAAUUUGAAGGAUUUUCAGACGGUGCAUGCCAUGUGUGAGGAUUAUCGGGCCUCGAGUACGGUUGAUAUGGAAGAGGCAGCUCGGGAUAUUGAGCAAGGCAGGCAUAUACAGUGUCCGUUGCAAGUGUUUUGGGGCGCACAUGGUGUUAUUGAAAAGUGUUUUGACGCUGUGGCUGAAUGGAAAAAGGUGUCUAUUUCGACAGUAGAGGGGAGAGCGUUGGAUUCGGGGCAUUAUAUUCCGGAAGAACGGCCGGAGAAUAUUGUUGCGAGUGUUUUUGAGUUUUUUGUAUAG